AUGCAACCAGAGUGCUACAGGUCUACCAACACUAAGUCAGAGAACCGAUCGCGCAACGCUCAAGUCACUACCCAGCAUGGAAUCUACUCUUGUUCAACUUGCUCCAUCAGUCAUAUCUCAGGUCGAGAUGAUGGCGAUGGCGAUUAUGCCACCAGCUCGGUGGUGUUAUCGUCUCGUCUAUCAGGCCCGCGACUCGAAGAUGGCGAUGAACCAGAGGCAGAGUUAGAGCCGCAACACCCGACAAAAUCUGUGUCUUCCCCUCGCUGCUCUAGCAAAGAUACACCUUUCGAAAAAUUUAGGAAAUCGAGUGAGCUCUCUAUCGAGAGUUUUCCUAAUGAGGUUCUGACGCAUAUCUUGUCGCAUCUUCAGCCUUCGUCAUUGUCAUCGAUGAGCCUUGUUAGCCGUCGAUUUCAUGGCCUUGUGACCACUCCACAUGCCUGGCGGAUCGCGUUUUCACGGUACUUUCCCGGGCCCGCGCUUACCGAGAGAAACGAAGGCCGGCUGGGAGACGAUGACUGGGAGCAUGCCUUGCUGAAAAGGCGCGCGUUUUGCAGGCUCACGGCUUUAAGCUCUUGGAGAAAUGAAUACAUUCUGCGGACCAGGUUGUUACAUUCUCUCGCUCGUGGAAAGCCUGCCAGCUAUCAAGUCGUGGACCAGCGCAAGUUGGCCCGUUCAGGCCCCGCACCCACCGUACACGCUGUGGUGACAUAUAAUUCCUUGCUUCAGUACCCAAUAUCCCAUAUUGAUGGUACAUUCGGGUCCAGCUUAGAGAGUAAGCCUCCGGCUUUUGUUCAUGGGGCAAGCGAGGAAGGGAUCGCAACCCAAAGCGACCCAACAUCAAAGAAAAGUGGUGUAGGAAAAUGGGGAUUAUUAUCCGAAAGCCGUAUGUUUAAUCAUUUUUCAGAAAGCUACCCCGGUGAAGCGCCUUGGGGUUUGGGGUCGGGUAAUCUCAUUGGCAACCCUAACGUGAUGGAUGUGAGCCAGCCUCACGGCAUGAUAUAUGGAGAGGGAUGUCCUCAGGGCCGUGCCUACUUUCUUUCCACGGCCGAGAAACGAGGUCGAUUCCUACAGCGUUCGGUCCUGGACUCUCAGUAUGAACUUGGAAUUCCUUCCACGAAUGCUGUAAGCUCCGGUAUCUGUGCAACUUGGAUCGCAAAAUCCUCUGAAAUCUUGAAGUUGACGAACGGAUUAUGUGGAAUGAUUACAGCGACCUCGUCAGGCAUUCUCACAUUAUAUGCGCUAGGCCCUCACCCUUCAUAUGACCAACGAUUCGAACGAGGCCAGAUCACUGCCAGAUGGGCUUUAUGCCCCGGGGUUCCAAUCAUUGCCAUUAAGGUGGAUGACAAACUAUCAACGAAACGACUGUCCCAGCGUAGGAUGUGGUUAACAGUCCUAAACGCUCUCGGAGAGGUUUUCUAUCUCACCGAUGUUCCACGUGGACUUGACACCUACCAGAGGCUUGAAUCUGAAGAACUUGAGAAGGCUGCAUGGCGCACCGGUCGUACUGUUUCCUGGGAGAUUGUUGAAUGUACUCGGCGUGCUCCAGUGCCGGAUCCGUUUAAUAAAAUCUCUACCAAUGCCACCUAUAGUCCCAGAUCAUCGUCUGAUAACAUGAACUUGGAUGGUGAGAAAAUAGUGGCCGAAACGAAAGACAUCGAAGGGUUUCUUACACUCAAACCGUUAUAUUUUCGAAAAGUGUAUCAAGGGUGGGAUAUGAAACGCAAACUCGAAGUGGAUUUUGCUGGAGAUGAUGGACAAGGGGCUGGAGAAUCUAUCAUGAUUUUCAGUUGCUCUGUAAAUGAUGAUCAGGCUGCAUCAGUUAAAAGAUUUACGCGCGUCAAGAUUGGCGAACACGCAUCGCUUGAUAGCCUCGGAAGCUCGCCUCCAGCACCAGAAACUGAAGCCAAGUCGUCUCUCUUGGGCCAAACUAGAUCUGAAGGGGGUUUGCCUUCUAGCGAGCCCAUAUGCUCGCCUAUAUCUGGUAUAUAUAAUGAUUUUAACCUCCCGCCUACCACUGUUGAAUGGCGAAUAUCAAACUUAACGUUUGAAGGCUUAAAAUCUGCUGAAAUUACCGCAUGUGCCUUGGAUAUGUCUACUUUUGCUCGUUUGACGAAGUUUGAAGACCCGUUGCUCGGAAUGUGCGGUAAUUCGGCUGUAUCAUCACAAUCUUCCACGCCGUUUUCUACCUCUUGCAACCCGCUAGCUUCAUCUGCAGAAAUUCCUGGCCAGCGUGCACGUUAUAUGGCGGUUGGAACUUCCCUAGGUUCUAUUCUAGUCUGGGACAUCAGAGCCGCCAUAUCUCAAAGUGCUCACGUCGUGAAUAAUAUCAUCCCUAUCCGCAUAAUUCAUACAGACUCUCCGCAAGUAUCUAGCCUUGCAUUGACGGCGCUUUAUCUUGUGCAUGGCGGGAAUGAUGGUCUGGUUCAAGCCUGGGAUCAUCUUGCCUCAUCUACACAACCAAUUCGGACGCUCAAUUCCAGGUUCUCUUCCCGCGCCCGUCGCCGUCUUGUACAGGCAACUACAUCGAACCAAGAUGUUGGGCAUAAUUUCUUUGCCGCUGGAGCCAUUUGUCUCGACCAGGACCCCACUCGGCUUAGGGGUGUCGUUGCAUUAGGAACGCGGCUUCGUUACUGGGCAUAUAGUUCCUCCGCAGCUGAUCAGUAUAAGAGCAAUAAACGACGCGUGCGUUACUCUCACCGUGGAAGUAACAGUUCACCAGAAACUCAGCGUUUUAACAAUUCUGGUCGAGGCGCGUUAAUGGACUAUAUUGUGAAUGAGAAGGCCGAGGUCGAAAGGCAAAGAAUUGCGAAGGAGAGAGAGCUCGCUCACAUGAGUGGGCGGUUUGGGACGGACUUGCUUGGCAAGGAUGCCAGUGAUGAGGACCUUUUGGCCUAUGCUUGCCUAUUAAGUGAAGAAUCAUACACAAGCGAUGAAAGGAACAGGAGAGGCAGCGAGAGCAGCUCUGCAGGGAGUUCCUCUAGCGAGACAGUCGCAUCAGACGAGACAUUCAGCGCAAAUCCUCUAACUGGACAAAUAUCAAGGCCAACCUUGGAUACUGUCGAUGAAGAAAUGGAGCCCGGACUUGCUGAGGCUAUUCGCCGAAGCUUACAAAAUGAUAAUAACCCAUAUAAUGAAGGUAGCGCCCUUCUAGAAGAGGAUAUUACUGAUAUUGGCUCGUUUUCCUUCUCCCCCGACCUAGCAUGCGCCUCUUCACAGGCCAAUGACGAUGACCUUGAGUUUGCUAUCCAACUCAGUCUAUCUGAGCAGCAAGGCCAAGGAGAACCCGUGUCCCUUCAGGAUGAAUUUCCCGUACUUGGAAGUACUUCGAGCACGCCAUCAAAGCGAAAAGGUAGAGGGAAAAGGCGAGUUGGACUUGUCUAA